CACCACAAAAAAACCCAUUCUCAAUCUUCCUUUAGCAUUCCAAGAAAAAAUGCCAACCACCAUAAAUCAAUCCAUCCAUGAUUUGGUCCGCUCUAUAAUAACAUAACCCAACAGCCCACUUCUGCAGCAGCAACUCAUAGCUCUGUUCCUCCCACCAUGGACGAAGCAUCAUACCCACAGCAAAAUGGCGGGUUUCCUUCCCAACCCAUCACUCUAUCUGCCGCAAUCAGACGCUGCCUCGUCAAAGUUGCCAUCAAAGGCGCCGAAAAGCUGAUGAUCGAUGGCCGCAAACGCGAGAACGCGAGCGCUGCUUUCGCCGCCGCUCCUCUGGGAAACAGAGCAUCCCCUGUUUCGACUCUGCAAUCCUCUGCCUCUCAAAUGCUAAUGCUGGUGAAGAAGCAGAACCGAUGGAUGAAUCCAAAUCAGAACGGACUCUGUCUCACUCUCAACCUACUGAAAAUUCCACAAUUACUCAUGAUGAAGCUCAUCGCCUUCCAAUUCCAUCUCCUGGCCUCUUUCCUCACAUUCCCCAUACGGGUCUCCACCAGGGCUCUGAAGCGCGCGGUGUUGGGGAAUUCGGCGAUCAAGAACCCGGUGAUGACCCUUUGCGGCGCUGUCGCCAACAGAGCCAUCACCGACGCGAAGAAGAGGACGAGGGAUGUGGGUGUGAAGUUGGGGCGAGCUGUUAUCUGCUGUUGCUUUCUGGGUUUGGUGCUUUUCGCAAUGCUGGCGUCUGGGUUUUUGAUGGGCAGCUUGAUUUUGGGUUGGGUACUGGAACCGCCGUUUCAGGGGAAAGUUGCCUUGAAUUUUGAUUACACAAAGGCUUCUCCGGUGGCUUUACUCCCGUUAGCUCCUUCAUACUCUGGCUCGGGGACAUUGUUGGGGAAUCAAGGUCGUGUUGUUCCGCACAAUCGGAAAAUGGAGGUGACUGUGUCGUUGAUGAUGCCGGAGUCGGAGUACAAUCGCAACCUUGGCAUGUUCCAGGUAAAGGUGGAGUUACUGUCAGCCAGCGGCGAAGUGACAACAUCCACGAGCCGUCCAUGCAUGCUACCAUUCAAGAGCCACCCAUUCCGCCUGGCCGAGUCCGUCAUCAAAGCCUUGCCGCUCUUGGCCGGCAUGGCCUCCGAGUCCCAACUCGUCGACCUAAAAAUGGACGACCAACUACUCCCGCAAACCGCCGCUUCAAUGAGAGUGUUGCUCGAACAACGAGCCGAGUUUCAAUCACCGGGAGCCGGAAUCCCACAAGUGUAUGCAGCAACGUUGAAGCUCAAUUGCGAACUUCCUCGAAUGAAGAUGCUGCUGUGGCAGUGGAGGAGGGUUGUUUAUGUGUUGCUCGGCAUCGUCUUGUUCUUCGCGCAGCUGGCUGCGGCGGUGGGUUUGGUCUUCUGCAGAGCACUUUCUGUUCCGGCGGGAAGGAAGGCGAGUGAUUCUAUGGUGAAGGUGUUUGGUGGGAAGAAGAAGAAGUAUCUCGAGUGAAAGCGGUUUCGUGCAUUGUACAGAGAACAGUGCUCUGCUUCAUCAGUUACAGCCAUGGCUGGGUUCUCGAGUUUCUCGAUUGGGUUUAGGUAGUAAAAGAAUAAUGGGAUUAACAUUUGACUGUAAUAAAAGGGUUGCCGGAUCUAAUUUAACAGCAUUAUACCAUUAGGGCAAUGUUUCGUCAAUUCAGUGGUGAUGAGUGGAAUUGAGAUCUCCAAAACAAUUGAGUUGAUAUGAGAAUGUGUUGUUUUACCACGAGUAUCCAUUGUCCAAUCUAUAUUCCCAAGAAAGUAGCAAACGGAAG